UCCUGGUCUGGUCCUGGUCUGGUCCUGGUCUGGUCCUGGAGCAGCAGACACAGGGGGAUAUGGCAGCCCGAUGGUCCCUGAGGACGCUCAUUCUCCUGGGACUGAGCUGGAGCGGCCAAGCUGUGUCCAGUGACCCCUGGGGCCAGUGUCCAGUCAGCAGGAACUGUAAGGACAAGUUUGGGGACGGUGCAUGUGACAAAGAGUGUAAGGAGCCUGAGUGUCUGCGGGACGGCUUUGACUGUGUCCAGGAGCGCCCUGCCUGCAAUCCAGGCCACAUCCAGUACUGUCGCAACCACUACGGCAACUCCCACUGCGACCGCGGCUGUGACAGUGCCCCCUGUGGGUGGGACGGGGGUGACUGCAUGUCCCAGCAGACCCCCGUGUGGGCUAAGGGGACCCUCCUGGUACACACCCGGCUCCCUCUCUCUCAGGGCGCCUUCACUAACUCCUCUGUGCUGUGGGCCCUCAGCGUAGUGCUCCAGUCCCCUCUGAAGCUAAGGGGGGCCACUCCCUUUGGCUCUUCUAGAGACCUGUUCCACUACGGCCCUGGGCAGCUGGAGGAGCUCCUCACGCAGGCCACAGACAGUGAUGCUAAUGGUUCCCUCCUGGCCCUGCAGGUGGAUAAUCGGCCCUGCUCCUCGGUGCCCUCCUCCUGUUUCCCCUAUAGCACUGAGGCAGCAUCCUUCCUGCGCGCAGUGCUCCAGCUGCAGCCCGCUCUCAAAGCCACCCUGCCCGAGCUCCAGGCAGUUAUCAGCCUCAGGGGCCUCAGGGAGGAGCUGGGGACCAGGGACCAGGAGAACCCUAGUGUGGAGGUCAAACCCCCCAUGGCGUCGUGGAUGUGGGCCGUGGUUGCUGUGGCGCUGGCUCUGCUUCUGCUUCUGUGCGUGGCGGUGCUGAUGGUGAUGAGGAGGGUGAGACAGCGGGCGCACACAGGGGGCACUCACAGCAGCACCCAAGGGAGCCGCAGCCUCUCCAUGAGCACCCGUCCCACCAAGACCAAAGCCACACCCUGGGGAGGACCCGGCACUGUUCCGGAUCCCAGAAUACACUCGGCUCGGGACAGGGACAAACUGGGUCUGAGGAAAAAGAAGAAAGCCAAGGAGGCAGAGAAGAGGCGCAGACGUGAGCCGCUGGGGGAGGACGCCAUGCGCAUGAGGCCUCUGAGGAGGGAGCAGGACAUUGGGAGUGACACAGACGUGACACAGAGCUCCAUGGAGGACAUCGCCAGCCGCUGCACCAAACGCCAUGAGGCCGCCUUCAUCUGUGACCAUCGCAGCCCAGGAGAAAGAGCCUACAGGGGGGCAGCAGGCCAGGGGCGCACGCCCUCACAGGCGCCCCCUAGAGGUUGGGAAAGAAAUGCCAUGCCUCCUCCUCUGCUCAGCCCUCCUCAGCAUUCUGCAGAGUGGUGCGGCCCAGACGGAUCGGUGGUUCUGAUCCGAGCGGUCAGGAGCGGGCUGGACAGGGUGGUGCUGGAGCUGCUGAGAGCUGGAGUCCCGGUCAACAACACUGACCACACAGGGAGGUCGGCGCUGCACUGGGCAUGCUCAGUAAACCACUUGUCUUUGGCGAGGACUCUCAUCCGCUAUGGUGCAGCUGUGGACCUCCAGGACAAUAAGGGUGAAACGGCUCUCUUCUUGUCCGCACUGCAUGGUUGCUAUGACACUGCCAGGCUCCUCCUCCUUCAUGGAGCCAACUUGGACCUCCGGGACAGAAGGGGCCGGCAUGCGGUGGACGCUGCUCAAGAGGGCAUGCACCACCAGAUCCUGGAGAUGCUCCUGUCUCACCAGAUGCACAGAAGGCCGGCCGCGGUGCAGGACAGCAGCUGCGACGUGCUGUGGGACGACCGCGGAGUGGCCUACCCCUCCUGCUCAUGGGGGGGCGCUCAAGGACUGCCCGGAAGGAGCGCAUCGUUCUCCGGCACCAUAGGAGCUCUGCCCCCAAGUGAUUGGUCCCCUGGCAGAGUGCAGUACCCCUCCCCUCACACCUGGAGGCCCCAGAUCAACCAAUCAACAACAGCCCUAGUCCCUCCCCGAAUCAUGGGCCGCUCUCCUCGACCAAUCAGCACUCUGCAGGAAGUUACAUCAGAGGACGAGGACCGUGAAAGGCCUCAGGACGUCCCAAGGCCCAUAACCCCUCACUUCCUGUCUCCUCAGCCCGCCCCUCGCCAGCGCUCCUUCUCCUGUACCCAGCAUGCACUGCAGCGACGCCCCAGUGCUCCACAGCCAGAGCCCAACUAUGUCAUCGUAACGCCACCAGCAGCCAAUGAGUAUGCAGAGAGAACCCUGCCCCCUCCCUCAGAAACCAGCGUCCAAUUGAACGGCCCCGCUGUCCCCGCUGAGAACUUAAACAGGGCGGAGGCAGUGGCAGUGAGUCCCGCCCACCUGGAGCAGAAAAACCGCGAGCGGCCCCAGAGCCAUGGAGACCCCACACAAACUGCCCUCUGAACCUCUGUCUCCUGCUGUGAACACUGUACCCCGUCCAACUCCAGUCAACUUUGCUCUUCGCUGGUCUAUACUUUAGUAACAGCACAUUA